CGGUUGUUCUCGAAUGGCGCAUCAUGCUCCCAGUUCUCCCUUGAAUGCUACAGUCAUCAAUAUUUCACCGGCGCCGCACUCAUCGCCUCAAGAUGAAUCACCGCAAGACACCAACGAUACCACCUCUCGCCGUCGAAAGCAGCAAUUGCGUGCCGCGCAUAACGUUCAAGGCCAUCGAAACCUCAUUCGCCAUAUUUUCCAAAAGAUCAUCAAGCGUAAACGUCCGCAAUCUGCUCUUUUACGUUUAGGAGAACAAUGUCGUUCCAUAUCAUUGCCAGACCAGUUUGAAAAUGAGGAUACCAUUGAUCUACUUCUUCAGUUACGAUCCGUGCUUAUGCUUUGCAGAGACAACGGUUCCGCCCCACAGAUCCUGAUGCGCGGGGAUCGUACGCCAUCGAAUUCCCCAGUUUCGUCCCGGUCAAAUUCACCGGCUCGUCCUGCGUCUCCGUCGCAUUCUCACGGAGCCACAGCAAGUAUCCACACAGCGAAUGGGAAGAAAGAUACCCGAUCGAUUUUUGAAACCAUUUUGUGGAUGCUCGAUGACCUUGUCGUCAAUGACAGUCGAUAUAAAACCGUCAAUCCGAAACCUUCACGACCACCUUACAUGAUGCAGUCUGUCCUAGUGGAUAUCGCUCUCGUUCUAAUCCAGUGCUGCGAUGAUACAUCGGGAUUAUGCACCAUUGGCUUCACCAUGCUGUCGGCUUUUGAUACAUUCAAUGACGGAAAUAUGCUUGGAAAGCUCUUGUCAAUGUUUAUCGACACUUUAUUGCCAAAACUGAUGACAUGCAAGGACGAGCAACAACGGGAAGAUCGCUUCCCCGUUCGCCGACCCCAGAACCAAAAAAAAAAACAUUCCUCAUCUACUGCACGACAUGAUCCGCCAGUCGCCAACGCCACACCGACCAUCAAUAUUCACAGUCCUGACAGUGACAGCACAUCGCGUAGCUCUCCUCUGACGAUCGAUACACGAUUAUGUCAAAUCGAGCCUCCUUCCCUGUUGCGAACGACCGAAGAUGAACAUUCACCUUUGCAGAGUCAAUUUUCUCGCUCAAGUUCUACCCAAGGAACUGAACAAUACCAGCAAGCCUAUGCACUGUUUACCCCACUGUUUUAUUUCAUGAUCCAAUACCUUGAUCCAUACCUUGCCUCAUACCGGAACGACGUGCAAGAGAAUCUGUCCUUCACCAUUCCACGCCACGCAUCGUCCAUCAGUAAUUUCCAUCGCGCAUUGCGUUUCAUGAUCCACGCAAAGCCCGACAUGUACCUGGACAUUCUGGAUGUGAUUGCUCGCAGUACCUCGGAAGUCAAAUUCCGUGCAUGUCAGAUUUUGUUCCAUUAUUACGGUGUUAGUCUGGGCCAUGUUGUCGUCGCCGAACCGUUGCCCAAACUGGGAUUUCUUCAAGAAUUUGAGUACUUGGAGCGAAAACAACAUCAACAGCAAUUGGAAGAAGAACGCCAGAGGCAGCAACAGGCUCAACAGCAACCACAACAGCCAUCGAACGACCCGCAUUUCUUGGCCACUGUGAUAGGAAGCAACGCCUCAUUCCAUGUGCCCAAUAUUAACAAACGAUAUCGCCAGGCCCUGCCUGAACGUCCACCCAUCUCCCAGCGGCCCUCCACGACCACUUCCGAUUCAACCGAAAGUGAGACAGCGGAAAUUUUACACACCUGGUACCCGCACAUGUUUUCCGCCACGACGGACAAUCACGCCGAUGACCUCGCUGAUCAAGCACGGUUCUCGACGAACCCAUUGUCUCUGUCGGUCAUCACUCACGACAAUAUGACGGUCGCUUACUGUAGAGAGUGCUAUAAAGUAAUCAAAGGAUAUGGACUUCGUUGCUAUCAAUGCAAGUGCACCGUUCACUACAAAUGCUUUAACCAGCAACUCGCCAAUCAUGACCUGGACAUUAUGUUUUAUGUCAAAGAAGGUGGUAUACAAAAAGUCGUCAGUCCGCAGUUUUGCCAUAUACCCGUCCAGCCUCGGUCCACGAUUUCGCCUUCUGCAACAACCCCCGAAUUGCUAUUUGAAAUGGAAUAUCUCGGCCAUCACUUUCAUCUGGUCAACAUUUACACAUUGAUGAUCUGUGCGUGCUGUCAUCGACCGCUUUGGGGCAUCUCACAGCAGGGAUAUCGCUGCUCAGAAUGUAACCGGUUUGUUCACUCAAGUUGUCUCAGCCAAGCCAUGCGGCAAACAACAGCAACAAUGAAUAUUCACGAAUGUCAACCGCGUCAGCCACUAUUGGAACGGGAUACUCUAAUUUCACAAAGGGAGCUGAAUAACACAUUGCUCGCGUUCUAUGGCACGGUACUACCCACUACUCCGCAAGAUGUCAAGGAUAAAAGCUUCGAGGAAAUAUCCACCAUGCUCAAUAUACUUUUACUGCAAGAAAACAUCAUGCACUGCGGUAUUGCUGCUGGAUGUUUACUGGUGAGUUACGGAGGCGAUGACCCGUUGAUGGCCAAUAACGGACACGCAGAUGAACCCAGCGAAAGAGUCAGUAUGCAGUCAAUGGAUAUUUGUCCCCGAUUAACCUCUGCAAUCACCAUGUGCCGGAAUCAGCUUUCUUCCGCCGAUUGCAAGACGUCAAUGCAUUUCAACGAGUUUUAUAUCAAUCGCAAACACAAUCUAAACGAUUUCAUGUUCGCAAGAGAGGAGUACCUUGGUCAUGUAGCGGCCAUUAUGAAAAGCGCGGUGCCCAACUCAGCAGCUCACGUUGGCUCAACCACGCAUCCAACACCUGCAGCGGCCAAGCGGCGUUCCGCCGGUGAUUCGAGAGGAUUUUUGCAAGUGAUGCCUGCAUCCUCUGGAGCGGAACGGUGGAACGAUCGUGGAUUAGAUGAAGGCUAUGAUGAGGACAGCGUUACCGAGUGUAUCCCGGUCACUCAUAUGGAAUCAUGGAUCAGCGACAACUUGCAUAUCAAGAGCCGAUUAACGACGCAGAUGCUCUUGCAGCAUAUGCAUAAUCUAGGAUUCCUGGAACGGGUCAACGGAUUAGCCACCUUGUAUACCUUUGAUACCGAAGGAACAAGUACUACCACGCCAUCCGAUGCCAACCCCCAUCUUUGCAUUUUCCCUGUUCCGUACGCUAUUGAUAUCUCUGCCAAUGUCAAUUUACUCGUGGACACGAUUGAAAGUUGUUUGGAUGAUCUGGAUCUUACGAUCAACGAGUGUGGACUGUUGCUUCUCACACGACGAUGUUGGCCGGACCCAUUUAUGUCGUCGUACACCAUUGAACGAUUACUGUAUGCGGUGUUGUCGUGGCUUUUCCAGGAAGAUGAAAAACUGUUGGCUUUGCAUGCUGAGUAUACCGCCUCUAAGCAAAAGUUACCGGGGAUCAAACGUAAUCGAUGGAGUCAGUCGGCCCAAGCUAUGCUGGCGUCUCGUAUGAAAGACGGUACUGGAGCGGAUCGCGGACGACAAAGCGUUCAAUUCAAUGGAACCGUCGGUAUGAGUAGUGGGCUUGGCAAUCUCUAUGUGACCAGUCGAGCCGCGCUUCGCGAACGGUACAUCAAUCGAUGGAUGAUGAUCAUUCACGACACGGACAGUGCACUUUUCACCACGAUGAUAUACGACGUUAUUGAACGGAUUGUAGAGGAGCGAGAUGAAGAAUCGGUGCUCACCGGAUGGCAGGAGCCCCAGGAUAAAAAGAGAGCUACGCUUCAACAUGCUGAAAAAUUUGUGGAAUGUGUGUACAAAUUAAAGAGCUACGGAUUGACAUUCAGCAGCCUGGAACCGAUCAUGACACGAUGGUUUGAUAAGACGUACAGCGCAUUCGACGAGCACGAUAUUCUCAGGGAGAAAGAACCUGCCGAUUUACGCCACCUUGCCAAGCUUUGUUCUCCUCGACUGGCUUCGAUACAAAAGACACCGGCAUAUCGUUCAUCUAUUGGAGAUACCAAUCCAUCGAUUGAUAUCGUGAUUGCUCUUUUUGCCAAGCCGGAGCGGGAGAGCACUGAACGUGGGAUUCGAUGGCUGACCCUAUUGAUGCAUUCGGGUACCGGUGUUCCCAGCAACGCUUUAGCCAAAAUAGCACGUCUGCUGGUAUCCAACCGAGUCUCGAUUAGGACCACGGCCGAGUUUCUGAAACUGUUAUGGUACCAGGCCGUCAAUGUCCUCAAUGUGCCUACCCCACGCGUUGUCAUUAUCGAUAUCAUCAGUUACUUGAACGAGACAGCCCUGGAAUCUUUCAAGUCAAAGAACGAAGCACAUGAAUUGACGUUGGAACGACUUUGGAGUGCACAAUUAUUUAUAAAGUACUCUGCUGCAUUGACCUGCUAUGCAUUCAAUUGUCCCUUAAGCAACAUCACUGAACUUGACCUUGUCCCGUAUUUUGGCGAUCACAUUGCCCGAUUAUCCCACAGCAAACGGGCAUCGAUGAAUCGGGAUUCCACGCCAAUUCGAGUUGAUGAAUCUACGCCUAUCAUUCGAUGUAUGCUUUUAUAUUUACAGUACGAUCAGCUCAACGUACACGUGGAUGUCAUCAAGAUGUUUUAUGGCUUGGUUAACUGGAGCUAUGGUAUCAGUAACAAAUCCGACGUGAUCAACAAAUGUGUACCUGCGCUCAUACCAGCGCUUUGGGAGUUGCUCGUACCAGCUUAUGACAGUCUCAGCGAUAUUACGCUGAAUUUGUUAAUGAAGCUGAUCAAUAUCGAUGUCCAGUAUUUCCAUGCAUGUGUAUAUCAGAUUUUCGAAGAUUCCAACUGGGAAGUAAGAUACCAUGGACUGGAUAAUCUUUACGGAUUGUUCACCAAGAUGGAUGUCGCAUUUCAACAGAAAUGGUUCCCUUUUCUUUCUCACCUGGGACCAGUGUUCAGCUACUUUGUGAGCUGCUUGUGGGAUAAAGAGGAAUAUGUGCGAUCCAAAGCAGUGGCAUACAUUCGUACGUUUGGUACACUGCACAUACGUUCGGCACUUCGAUGUUGGGAGGCAUAUUUCCUUGAAGCCACUGACCGUCAAAGAAUCUCGUUGGUCAAUCUAAUGAUCCGGUUCAACGCCAUGUUUCCCGAAUGGCAAGUGCUCCAAUGGGAAUCAUUGCUGCAAGCCUUGAAACCAUCCGACCAUGAUGGAUUUGAUGCGCAAUCCAUGGAUAUUCUGGAACAGUAUAUGCGGCCGGACGAGGGUGCUCUGGAUGCAGCCGGUGAAGAUGUGGUGUCCGACAAGCAAGCACUUCACGGCGUGGAAACAGAGAAUGUGCGAGUGCUUAUGCUCACGUUGGCGUUCCAAAUGCUGAGCAAUCACUUACCUAUGGAUAUGGUUCAAAUGUCUCAUUUCAAGUUCAUCCUCGUGCAACAGAUGGGGUUCAGCAAUUGCCAGUAUUUUGAGACCGGAAGAGUCGUUACGUUUGGCCAUCUGACGUAUGAUCCGGACGAUCCGGCGCAAGUGGCGAUCAUGCUUGCCUGUUCCCACGGGUUAAAGAAGGUGGUCGACAGUUUUGCGCCUUUACCGGCCGAAGCGGUAGUGACCAUGAUGUCUGAACGGACGCCACAGAGUCAACAGAAACUCACCGAGAACACGAGUCCCGGUGUACAUUUUAUCGAUGUGAUUCUCAAAUUUUUCCAUCCAUCCGUGGACCUGACGAAACUCGGUCAUCUCAUGCUACGCACGUGGCUCGAAAUCGUUCUCAUUGUCAUUUACAAGCAUGAUAUCCUGGACCGUAACUAUGAAGACAGCAUUGUGGGUUGCAUGAAACAAGUGAUUGAAUUAUUGACCAAGAACAUCAGUGAAGAAAACAAACUGUUGGUGUUGGAGAUUUCCAAGUGCCUGUUAAGACGAUCGGACCAUUUGGCGCCCAUGGUGCUGUCCAAGCAGAUCACCGCGCUUAGUAAAGUCAUGAUCAAAUUGCAGACUCGGACGCAUGAGCCGCUGUUCCUGAAAGCUAAACAGUUUCUGAAAAGCGCUUUCCUCGAAUUUGCCGUGGCCGGUUUAUUUGUUCUCAUGUUUAAGGAUGAUAACAGCAACGAGGCCAAUCGUCGAGAAUUGGAAUUGUUCUUUGUGUUACGUAAUGUCAUUGACCCAGAUGAUAUCGUACCUGAAGGGGACAUGCAUGAGGUCAUCUAUCUGCGCGAUCAACCGGUGCGCGACGUGCUUGAAAAUUUAAUGAAGCAGCAAAUGGACCGCAAGGCCUUUUCCAAUGUUCUUUACAACACGAACCGUUACAUCGAGACGCUGCACUCUCAUCCGUAUCCCGAAGUGGUUUUGAAUGAUUAUGCCAGUUUUCUGCAUGCAUUGAUCAAACGGACCGCUGAUUGGCGGCCUUCCGAUUGGAACAUCAAUCCCGUAUUUAGCAUGUCCGCCAUCCUGCUCAAGGAACAUCCCUAUCAUUUUUCGAUUUUGCUUCCCGCUAUCCAAGCUGUGUUCAAGCACGGGUUACAUCACUGUGUACUGGAGCACGAAAGUAUCGUCAAAUUGCUGGCAGCCUAUUCCGCUAUUUCUAUCAUACCUGGGGUUCAGCCCGGUAAUGCCUUUGCUGAUAUUAUCCUGGAAGAGGUGAAGAAUAGUUUGGAGGCGCGGCAAAAGUUGCAUCGUAACAGCUUGACAUCUCUGCUUCAGCUUAUUCUGUGGGAUUGUCAAGCAGAAUACCAGGGAUGGUACACAUCCAUUGAAAACGCUUUGUUAGGGGAGCUGGAGCCCGGCAAUGAUCGAGUGCCGUACUUUGCUGAUAACCUCAGCAUGCUUUUGAAGCCCUUGGUCCGCUACCUCAAAUCCAGUCCUGUCACCCAGUCUUUUACCAAUAGUGAUUUCAAAGCUUACAUUGUAGCUUCCAGAUUGCUUGUCACUUUGUGUUCGCGCUCAGAGACGGCCAUGCAUGAGACGCUCGUGCUACAAAAGCUCGAUGAAACGCGACAUUGCCUUCGAUUUUUCAAUUGGUUCUUGCUUGCGAUUUUACGGGAACAUGCCGAUGAUCUAUGCAAGCAACUACUUGACUUUGAAGAUGUGAUGACGGAUUUAUUGGUGCAAACUUUGAAGUCUGUGGAAAUCGAUUUUGAUACACCAGACAUUAGCUUUUCGUACACGCCUUCAGGCGAAGCGUUACUGUUGUGUUCGCUUAUUCUCAAGAGUUGGACGCUUCUUCAUUUGCGAAACAACAAUGUCACUGCCAGUAAGCUUGGCUUGACGGCUCCCUCGACCACAAAUUUUGCCUUUUGGAUGUCCAUCUGGGCAGUUUGGCGACGCUUGUUGGACAGCAUUAAUCCUUCUACAUUAUCCAUGCAAGGAAACACCGGUAUGCCCGUUUGGGAGAUGUUCCUGUCUCUGGUCCAAUUUCUAUUUGUGAGUCGAAGUGAAGUUGUGCUUCUGAAUGCCUACGAAUGGACCAAUUUGUUGGGAAGUCUACUGGAUAAGCUUCGGACUCUCUCGCAAGGUAUCGCGGAGCCAAGCACUGAGGAUCAAUCGGCUCCUUUGGAAGCUUUCAUCGAGCAAGUGGCCAAAGUACGAAAAAUGUUUUUUAUCCCACCUAUAGAGAUCCCUACGACGACUCUCAUCGAUCAGCUCUAUUUGGAUUUACGUGAAAUUAUGCGAUAUCAGGCUGAAAGUGUCGCCUUCCAAGAGCCUGCGCGUGCAUUGUCAUUAACCAUGAAUAGUAUAUCUUGAGCUCACUUGAUCUCUUUGAAUUUCUCUGUGCUGUAAAAUAAUAAACAAGGUUCCCCCAAUUGUAAAUUUUAUUGUU